ACUGCGUCACAGAACCGGGUAAAAACCGGAAGUGAGACUCAGAUUGAUCCAGGAAACAGCUCAGCAGUGACGAACACAAACCCUUUUCUGUCUGACGUCCACAGCAGAAUGGAUCAGAGUGAGGACAGAGAGGAGGGAGCCACUCCCUGGAAGACCACCCACAGACCCCCCACAGGACCUGGACCUGAUCCCGGAUCCGGACCUGGAAGCACACCCGGACCUGGACCUGGACCUGGACCCAGCUGUGUGUCCAUGAAGAGUGAUGACUCCAUGGAACUCCCACUGCAUUUUAAAAGAGGACAUGUUUGUGAUCCUCAACCUGGGCCUGGACCUGGACCUGGAUCUGGACCUGGACCUGGACCCAGCUGUGUGUCCAUGAAGAGUGAUUACUCCAUGGGUCGACUGAUAGAUUUUAAAACAGAACGUGUUUCACAGACUCAACAUGGACCUGGACCUGGACCUGAACCUAGAACUGGAACUGGACCUGGACCCAGCUGUGUGUCCAUAAAGAGUGAUGACUCCAUGGAUCGACAGAUAAACUUUAAAACAGGACGUGUUUCACAGACUCAAAUGGAUCAGAGUGAGGACAGAGAAGAGGGACCCCCUCCCUGGAAGACCACCCACAGACCCCCCACAGGACCUGGACUUGGACCUGGACCAGACUCUGCCAGACCCAGUCGAAGGCCUGUUAAGGAACUUGUGUUGGCAUUUGAAGGUGUUGGGUCCACAGAUGGAUGUCGGUCUACGGGUCAGAGGAUCCGUCCUGAUCCUAAGUAUUUGUCCAUGAAGAGUCAAUGGUCUGUUUCACUUCCUCUUUAUUUCAAAGAGUCUGAUCAACAACAACCUGGCCCUGGACCUGGACCCAGACCUGGACCCAGCUGUGUGUCCAUAAGGAGUGAUGACUCCAUGGGUCGAGGGGUGUAUUUUAAAACAGGACGUGUUUCACAGACUCAAGUGGAGCAGCAGAGCUCAGAGGUUCCCACUGAUCCACAGCAUCAGACUCAGCUGGACUCCCCAUUUGAGGAAACACAGAUGGUGUCACUUAAAGAAAGUCUGUUGAAAAUUCUGGAGGAUUUGAAUGAUGCUGACUUUAAAAAGUUCAAGUGGUUCUUGGAAAAUGAAAAACCACGAAUCCCAGUGAGUAAACUGGAGGAUGCAGACCGGAUAGACACAAUACGUCGGAUGGUCCAGAUCUACUACACAAAUACUCAGAAAGUCACUGUAAGGGUUCUAGAGAAGAUGGACAGGACUGAUCUGGUGAAGAAACUUUCAAAAGGCAUCCCAGUAUCUAAAGAGAGCACUGACCAGUGUCGGCAAAAACUGAAGGUUAAGCUGCAGCAGAAGUUUGAGUGUGUGUUUGAGGGCAUCAUUAAAGAAGGACUCCCCAAAACCCUCCUGAACCAGAUCUACACAGAGCUCUACAUCACAGAGGGAGGGGCUACAGAGGUCAACCAGGACCAUGAGGUCAGACAGAUUGAAACAGCAUCCAGGAACCCACACAGACCACCAACAACCAUCACAUGUGAAGACAUCUUUAAAACGCCACCUGACAGAGAUCAACCAAUCAGAACAGUGCUGACAAAGGGCGUGGCCGGCAUCGGGAAAACAGUCUUAACACAGAAGUUCAGUCUGGACUGGGCUGAAGACAAAGCCAACCAGGACAUCCACUUCAUAUUUCCAUUCACCUUCAGAGAGCUGAAUGUGCUGAAACAGAAGAAGUUCAGCUUGGUGGAACUGGUUCAUCACUUCUUCACUGAAACCAAAGAAGCAGGAAUCUGGAUCUUUGAAGACCUCCAGGUGGUGUUCAUCUUAGACGGUCUGGAUGAGUGUCGACCUCCUCUGGACUUCAACAACACUCAGAUCCUGACUGAUGUUACAGAGUCCACCUCAGUGGAUGUGCUGCUGAUGAACCUCAUCAGGGGGAACCUGCUUCCCUCUGCUCGCCUCUGGAUAACCACACGACCUGCAGCAGCCAGUCAGAUCCCUGAAGCGUGUCGUGGCAUGGUGACAGAGGUCAGAGGGUUCACUGACCCACAGAAGGAGGAGUACUUCAGGAAGAGGUUCACAGAUGAAGAACAGACCAACACAAUCAUGUCCCACAUCAAGACGUCACGAAGCGUCCACAUCAUGUGUCACAUCCCAAUCUUCUGCUGGAUCACUGCUAGAGUUCUGGAGGACGUGUUGAAGACCACAGACAGAAGACAACUGCCCAAGACCCUGACUGAGAUGUACAUCCACUUCCUGGUGGUUCAGGCCAAACUGAAGAACAUCAAGUAUGAUGGAAGAUCUGGGACAGAUUCACCCUGGAGUCUAGAGACCAGGAAGAUGAUUGAGUCUCUGGGAAAACUGGCCUUUGAGCAGCUGAAGAAAGGAAACCUGAUCUUCUAUGAAUCAGACCUGACAGAGUGUGGCAUCGAUAUCAGCUCAGCCUCAGUGUACUCAGGAGUGUUCACAGAGGUCUUCAAAGAGGAGAGAGGACUGUACCAGGACCAGAGGUUCUGCUUCAUCCAUCUGAGUGUCCAGGAGUUUCUGGCUGCUCUUCAUGUCCAUCAGACCUUCAUCAACACUGGAGUCAAUCUGCUGUCAGAAGAACAAACCACAUCCCAGAGGUCUGGAUCUGCAGAGGCACAGUUCUACCAGACUGCUGUGGACGAGGCCUUACAGAGUCCAAAUGGACACCUGGACCUGCUCCUCCGCUUCCUUCUGGGUCUGUCACUGCAGACCAAUCACAGACUCCUACAAGGUCUGAUGAAACAGACAGGAAGUAGCUCAGAGACCAAGAAGAAAACAGUUGGGUACAUCAAGAAGAAGAUCAAUGAGAAUCUGAAUGUAGAGAAAAGCAUCAACCUGUUCCACUGUCUCAGUGAACUGGAGGAUCAAUCUCUGGUGGAUCAGAUCCAACAGUUCCUGAGAGACGGGGGUCUCGACACGUAUCGUCUGUCUCCUGCUCAGUGGUCAGCUCUGGCCUUCAUGUUACUGUCAUCAGAUAAAGAUCUGGAUAAGUUUGAUCUGAACAAAUACUCUGGUUCAGAGGAGGCUCUUCUGAAUUUGCUGCCAGUCGUCAAAGCCUCCAACAAAGCUGUAUUGACUGUCCAUGACCUAUCAGAAAGAGGCUUUGAAGGUCUGUCCUCAGUUCUCAGAUCCCAGUCCUCUAGUCUCAGACAUCUGGAUCUCAGUACCAAUGACCCAAAGGAUUCAGGACUGAAGAUCCUGUCAGAUGGACUGAGGAGUCCAGACUGUAAACUGGAGACUCUCAGGUUGAGUAUCUGUAACCUGUCGGAGAGAAGCUGUGAAGGUCUGUCCUCCGUUCUCAGAUCCCAGUCCGGUAGUCUGACUCAUCUGGAGCUCAACAACAUGGACCUGAAGGAUUCAGGACAGAAGAUCCUGUCAGAUGGACUAAGGAGUCCAGACUGUAAACUGGAGACUCUCAGGUUGAGUAUCUGUAACCUGUCAGAGAGAAGCUGUGAAGGUCUGUCCUCAGUUCUCAGAUCCCAGUAUUCUAGUCUGACUCAUGUGGACCUCAACAACAUGGACCUGAAGGAUUCAGGACUGAAGAUCCUGUCAGAUGGACUAAGGAGUCCAGACUGUAAACUGGAGACUCUCAGACUGUCAGGAUGUCAGAUCACAGAGGAAGGAUGUUCUUCUCUGGUCUCAGCCCUAAAGUCCAAUCCGUCCCAUCUCAGACUGCUAGACCUGAGCUACAACCAUCCAGGAGCCUCAGGACAGGAGCUGUCUGCUCUAGUGGAGGAUCCACACUGGACACUGGACACUGUCAGGUUGGAGCCCAGUGGAGUCCGAUGGUUGAGACCAGGUCUGAGGAAGUGUAAGUGGAUUUCCAUUGGAUUACAAAUGAAACCCAACCUGAACAUACAGUGAGAGCUGGUACCACAUUAGAAAACACAUCAACUGUCAGUGAAGACAGUGGGUGAGCUGACAGCUGAUUGGUCAGGACACGGAUCACAUGACACAAAUACCCUGAGGGACGAGUCCUCAGAACCUCAGACCAUUGGCCAAUCACACCUCCUCUGUCUUUAUGGAUCAUUCUAGUGUCGUUCUUGUGCCGCUGUCUGAUAAAGGUGGAAGACGAACAAACAAUAAAGUCAAAAACACAGCUGAGUCGAUCAGGAGGAAAGUUUGUCACAGUAACAAGUUCAAC